AAAAAAAAACAAGGCAAUGCUCCUUCUUCUCCAAUCCCUUCACCAUCCAAUCCUCUGCUGCACCCAAAACCCUAAGCCGAAGCCUAAAUCAAACCCUAAAUUACUCCCUCACCAACCCUUUCUCCUCCUCCAAUUCCGAAACUCUCAACGCCAAAACCGCCUCCGUUACCUCAAAAACCUCGGCCUCAAACCCGCCACCUCCUCCCCUUCCGACGAAACCCUCCACUGGAUUCUCUCCGUAGUCGACUUCCUCAAAUCGAAAGGCUUCUCCGAUUCCGACUUCCCUCGCCUUUCUUUUCUCGCUCCUUCCAUCUUCUCCUCACUCGACGUUGAUCGCUCCCUCAAUCCAGUCUUCUCUUUUCUCUACAAUGAUCUCUUGGCCUCGCCUCAACAAGCUCGCGGGCUAAUUCUCCGCUGUCCGACUCUUCUCACCUCCAACAUAACCUACUGUCUCCAGCCAACUCUUAGCUUUCUUCGCGAGCUGGGUAUCAAGAACCUCAAUGUGCCUACUAAUCUAAAUGCACAUUUGCUCAAUACUCCUGUGGAUAAGCUUAUUUCAAAGAUCGAGUUUUUGGAGGAUUGGGGGUUGAAUAGAGAGGAUGCAAGCAAGAUUUGUGCUCGUUGUCCAGCUAUUUUUGGGUACAGUGAUGAGAAUAACUUGAGGCCAAAGGUCGAGUACUUGGUGUACAAGAUGAAGAGGUCGAUUGAAGAGGUGAAAGAGUUUCCACAGUAUUUUGGGUUUAGUUUGGAGAGGCGAAUUGUGCCGAGAUAUUUGUAUUUGGAGCAGAGGAAAGUGAGUGUUCCCAUGAGGAAUAUGUUGGCAUGGAGCGAUGAGAAAUUCUAUGCUAAAUGGAAAUAAUUUUUCUUUUUUCA